AUGGAGCCCGACGACGAGUACACGGACGACGACAACGCGGAUGGCGACAACGGCGUAUGUUCUUUCUGUGGGGUUGGAAAUUCCAUGCACCGAGAGGUCCGGAGGAAGCGCCAUAUUGCGGCGCUGGAGAGAGAGCUCGCAACCGUCAAGGGCGACGGCGCCUCGGCGCAAGAGGCAAAGGCGGUGGCGGCUGCGCACUACGCACAAUUACAACAGAUGCAAGAGUCGUGCGCUAUGCGUCUCGCCGUGAUGGAGGAGGUGGAACGGCGCCUAGCCGACGCCGAGGCGCAGCUGGAAGAUGCCAAAGCCGAGGCCGCUCGGGCGGCCAAAGCCGAGGCUGAGAGCCAAACGGCUGCCGCAGCGGUGUCGCGGGAGCGGGAGCGGGAACGGGAGGAGUGGUCGCGCGAGCGCGAGAGGUGGUAUCAAGAGCGCGAUGCGGCUCGCGACAGACAGGCCGAGCUCGAGGCGUCGCUGUCACGGGCCCGGUCAACUUUAGCAGAGGCAAAUGCCCAACUCGCUGAGCUGAAGCCUCGGCUCGAUGACCUCAGCUCAUCGAAGGCGCACCACGAGCGGCGAGCAAAGACCGCGCUCAGCCAGAGGCGAGCGGCCCUCGAGCUGCUCCGGGCCGUCGGCCCAAGCCUGCGAGCUGCUCUCGACGCCACGCGAGCGGAAGCCACCGCUGCGUUCGCGGCGGCCGAGCGCGAGUCUGCAAAGGGCCUGCAUUCCCUCGCGGCGAAGCUCGAGGCGGAGGCGAGGGCGCAAGCUGCAAGCAAGGAGGCGCAAGAAGCGGUGCACGCGUCAGCGCAAGCGCUUCAUGUCGCUGAAGCCGACGCGGCGGCCGCCCGCCAGAUGGCGACACGGGCGCGCAACGAGGAGGCCGCAGCGAUAGAGCGCGCGCGCGUCGCUGCCCAGGAGCGAGAGACCGCGCGGGAUAGCGCGGCCGAGGCAGCCGCGGCCGCAGAGGGCGCGACAGAAGGCGCGGCCAAGGCGCAAGCUGCGCUCGACGCGGCUCGGGCGGAGCGGACGCGAGAGGCCCGGAAUGCAGUCGAGGCGGCGGCAGCGCUCGAUGCGGAGCAGACGGCGCACGCAGCGUGUCGAGACACACUUCGCAUCGAGUCCUCGCGUCGCGAGGCGGCCGCGGCGGAGGCGGCACAGCUGAGUGAGCGCGUCGCCGCUUCUGAAGCGUCCCUGGCGAGGGCGCGCGCGGAGGCCGAGAGGCGCGACCAAGAGCUCCAGCGGGAGAGCGCGGCGGCAGCCGACGCGCGUCGUGAGAUGGAGGCCGCCAAGGCGAGGCAGCGACAGGUUGAGGAGCGGGCGGCGGCGGCUGAGGAGUCUCGUCGAGCAAAGGAGGCUGAGGCUGCUCGGGCGGCAGAGGUGGCGAAGGGCGCCGAGGCGUCUGAGGCGAGGCUGCGCGCCGAGACGCGUGCGGCGCAGGUUGCCGCGAGAGCGCACGAGCAGCAGCUGGCGGACAGGCUACGCGCCGCCGAAGCUGCAGUCGCUCAGGCAAAGGCAAAGGCCGUUGAGGACGCAAGAGCGAGGAGUGAGGCCGAGGGCCUGCGGUCGAGGCUCACUGCCGCAGAGGGGGAGGCCGCGCAGGCUGCAGCGCGCGCGGAGCUAGCAGAGGCGGAGGCGAGGAAGGCUACGGCUCAGGCGCGGGAUCGCGCUGGCGGAGCUGCGGUCGAGGACAUGGAGGCGGCCUUGGGUAGGAUGGCGGCGCUGGUGAGCAAGAAGGAGGGGGAGCUUCAGGGCACGCGGCGCCUGGUGCAGAAGGAGUGUGACGAGCGAGCGCGCCUGCUCGCCCUCGAUGCUCCAAACCACGUCGGUCCGUCCUCAAAUCCCCGGACCGAUCUGCGGGCGCUCUUGGCUCUUGCGGCUGGGACAUAUGACCAUUAG